UCAAUUACAUGGAGCGGAUAGUGAUCUUUCAUAAAUCAACACUUGUUAAAUAAUUAUCAAUGUAUCUUACCUAAUAUAUACUAACGUAAUUGUUUUAAGUUACUGCAGUGUAUAGUCAAUGGAUUUUAGAGCAAACAGUGAUGAGACUUGAGCAUUCUGAUGAAGCAGGUCCGCACCAGCAGAUGGGGUAUGACAUCACAAACGUGACCAACAAAUUUGGGAAACAGCUUGAUCUGGUAGUGAGACACUCAAACAGCAAGUGCGAAAUAUUAACCAUCAAGGACAUAGAGACUAAAAUAAUUUUAACGGAAAAUGGCAAUGUAACUAUUUCCGUGUUUGACCCCGAGGACCCGAUGUAUAAAGAAAUACCGAUGGAAAGUAAAACGAUACCAUCCAAUAAAAAUGUCACACUUGAGAAAGAUGUACAAGGAACACUGAGAAUUAGGCGAAGCCUCGGUUUGAUUAAGCACGAAUCGAGGAGACGAUUAUUACUUCAGGAUAAACUUGCCUCGUUCUGAGUUUGACUUGCCUCGUUUUGGGUUUGAUGGAUGGAAUACAUCAUGUUUCGUCAAAAUAUGUAAACUGUUCCAUGAACCCCGUCAAUCAUAUCAACUAGUCUCUGCUUAAUGCUAAUUAUGCCAAAAUUAUGAUAGCAAAGUUAGAAAAUACUCGUGACAAAAAAUAUCAAAAUGUCAAACGCAUGUCAAUUAUCGAUAUUCACGGAAGCUGCAAUAAAGAUUUAAACAUCACAAGAGUUGUUUGUUAUACACAUUAUGUUCCCAUAAUAGUCUGUUAGUGGUACUAAGAGUGAAAUUUAAACAGCCAUAAGCGCAAACGUUCUUGAAACCUUUGUCAGCGUCAAUGUCACUAUUGACCACAGGCUAUCAUCCUAUUACGUUUGAGAACUGUGAGCCAAAGCAGUCUUCAGUUAUUCAUAAGAAACUGUUUUCAGUCUCAGGUCAGUGACCUUGACCUUUACCAUACGAACUCAAAACAAUUGUGGUAAACUACUGAUCAUAGGCAAGCAUUCUAGUACGUUUGGCCACUAUAUGGCCGGGACUUAGAAAAAUUGUUGAAAAAGACGUUAAACCCGAACACACACACUUAUCAAGUUAUUUAACGGAUACCGCUUUUAGUGUGGCGGUCAUUGUGACUUGAAAUUUCACCUUAAAAUCACACAGUCCACAGGCAAUAAUCCUACGAAUACCCAAGCCUACGGUCAUUGGGCGGACUGAAGGUCAUGUGACCUUGACAGGUAAUGUAAGAACCUUUUAAAUCAUCGAAGUCAUUUCCUGAUCACAGGCAAUUGUACUAUACACAAAUAACUAACGUAUCUGUCCGACCAUCCGACAGACAUGCGCAAAACAGCA